CCCCCAGUCCUUUUAGUUCAAUGAUAUAGGCAUAUAUCUGUCCUCAAGAGCUACCCUCAGUUUGGCUCUCAACGGUUCCGUCCGAAUACCACAACUAAUACCUAUCGCCAUAAUCUUAUCAAAUCCCCCACUAUAAUACCAUAUUCAGCUUUGUUUCACAUUUAAAGCGCUUUUGGAGAGAAAGCGAACUAGUUACAUUGUGUCCAUUAUGAUUGCCGCUGACAACUCUUAUCUUGACAACGCUGCCCUGCCAUCAGGCGAAUCCCCGGAGUUGAUCUUAGUGCAGGCGACACCGGAGGAACGCACCGCAGCUAUAAAGCUGAAUAGUCCAGCUUGGAAGGGCCCCUUGGACCUCGAUGCGUAUAUUGCACGAGAAAAUCACUUAGCCCAGCAAGCAUUGACCGAGGAUGGCUUGACGAGUUGGUUGUUGGUCGUCCGAGGCCAACCAGAAGGGGAACGGGCAAUCCUUAGCUCCUGCGAGACAUACAAAAAGAAGGCAAUUUUGGCACAAAAUGGUAAAGUGGAACAUGUAUCCGCCCUCAGUAUCGGCAGUGUUUUCUGUCGACCUGAGUUCAGAGGCAAGGGAUAUGCGAAAAGAAUGAUGCAGGAGUUGGUCAAGAAAAUAGACGCGUGGCAAACGGAGCCCAAGACCACCAACAGAAUACCUUUCAGUGUGUUAUACUCUGAUAUCGGAAAGAAGUUCUAUGCUCAAUUUGGGUGGAUGCCCCAUCCCUCCACACACUUCAGCCUUACCCCACUACCAAAGGAUGAAUAUGAUCGGGCCAUCGUUCGAGGAAACCUUCCAAAGGCGAGGACCUUGGUUGCAGAAGAUGUGCACCGUUUCAUGUGCAACAAUGACGUGGUUCAAAAGGAGCUAGAUAUCCUUCGCAUCGCAUCUCAGAAAUCUGCGAGUGCCAAAGUAGCGGUCGUCCCGGACUUUGACCAUUUUAAGUGGCAUUGGGCAAGGGAGGAAUAUUACGCAAAGAUUCUCUUCAAGGACAGAACACUGCCACUUAUCAAGGGUGCCGGUGAUGAACAGUCCAAAGUAUACUGUGCGUGGAAUAGAAACUUCGGUGAGACUCCAGAGGAAAACACUCUGUACAUCCUGAGGUGGGUGUACGACGAGCCAACUUCACCAGAGGAAACAGAGAAAACCGCAAAAGCCAUGGCCGCAAUCAUAAGACGCGCCCAACUAGAAGCGCAUGCGUGGGGUAUGGCGAAGGUCCAGUUCUGGAAUCCAACCCCAGUGCUAGAGAGGGCUGUUUCCAUUCUAGACCCUACGGCGCAGGUCGUCCAUCGGGAACAGGACAGCGUAGCCUGCUUGAGGUGGAGUGGCGCCGAGCAAGGCAAGGAAGUUGAGUGGCUCUGGAAUGAGAAGUACGCCUGGUGCUGAAAGUCGGUCAUAUUUGCGGUUCUCGGCGAGUAAUGCAUGACAUUGAUAGAGGGGAUGACUAUCUAGAGUAAACCGGCUCAAUCAUAGAGGCGACGCUCGAGCCCUCGCGGACUUGGCUUAGCGUUUCUGGCGUUUUUGGUUCUUGAAUAGCUCGUGCCAAUUUCUUGUCUUUUUGGCUGCUGUCGCAGCACUAGCAUCCGUCGAGACAUUUUUCUUUAUCUUCUGUCGGUCAGUUCGAUAAACAAAGCAGAUCGUCGUGGGAUCUGGAUGCUUGUA